GUUACUCGAGCGAACACAAGUGACGAGCACACACAAAAUCGCAGGUGGCCAUGAGAGACGGAGAUAGCCACAGUCCGAAAUCUCGAAAUCUAAGAAGUCCUCUUCCUUCUCUCCAUCUUCCCUGCAGUCUCUGCAAUCCCGGACAAAUCACGUUGGACCAUUUCUUCUCUGCUAUUAAUUUUCUAGAGAGAGAAAAAGAUAUAGAGAGAGUGUGUGAUUUCCAAUUUUCUAUGCACAAAUAUGUUCAUACGAAUGAGUGAAUGAGAACUCCGCCUUCUCUGCUGUCUCUCACCAUUGACUCAGCUCUCCUCAACCUCCCCAGCAUAUCCGAUCUCUCUCCUCUCCCUGACCACAUCCUCCUCGAUCUCUUUCAGAAAACUUUGAGAGCUGGAAAGCUAAAUGAGAAAGUAUUGAAUCUGUUUGUAGCAACUGGCAAGGAUGAAGUCCUUUCAUUAAUCCAGUCACUUAAUAUUCGGCAGACCCUCACCCCUGUGCUUCCUACCAGGUGUUCUGAAAAGUUUUGAGAUUGGGCGUUAUUGUGUGAGCACAGUAUAUAACAUUUUGAAGACAGAGAUCAACUAAUUAAAGAAAGCACGUGCAAGUUUUGUUGUUUGUUCUCACAACGCCUGUUUGAAGAUGUCUGAUUCAAGCAUCAACCCUAGUGAGGUUGACAUCGUGAUUGCCGCAAUCAACUCCGACCUGACACCAUUCUUGAAUGAAUGGAGACCAAUAUUCUCCCCGUUCCAUCUGAUUAUUGUCAAAGACCCUGAUAUGGAUGGGGAGCUGCAUGUUCCAGAAGGAUUUAACGUGGAUGUCUUUAGCAAGUCUGACAUAAACCUGAUGGUGGGCUCUUCCCAUUCCAUUCUCUUCUCUGGUUACUCAUGCAGAUAUUUUGGUUAUCUAGUCUCAAGGAAAAAAUAUAUUAUCUCAAUUGAUGAUGACUGCGUCCCGGCUAAGGACAACAAUGGUCAUAUAGUAGAUUUAGUGGCACAGCAUAUUGCCAAUCUCAAAGCUCCAGCUACCCCGUUCUUUUUUAACACACUCUAUGAUCCGUACCGGAAGGGAGCAGAUUUUGUUCGUGGUUACCCAUUUAGUCUGAGGAGUGGGGUUACAUGUGCACUAUCGUGUGGACUGUGGCUCAAUUUGGCAGACUAUGAUGCACCAACACAGGCCCUCAAGCCAGAGCAGAGGAAUUCUCGAUAUGUGGAUGCUGUAAUGACUGUUCCGGUGAGAUCCUUAAUGCCUGUAAGUGGAAUCAACAUUGCGUUUGACCGUGAGGUGGUCGGACCAGCUUUGUUUCCAGCUUUGAGGUUGUCGGCAGAAGGAAAGAUCAGGUGGGAGACAGUGGAAGAUAUAUGGUCCGGAAUGUGUGUGAAGGUCAUAUGCGAUCACCUGGGAAUUGGUGUAAAAACUGGGAUUCCUUAUGUAUGGAGAAAGGAAAGAGGCGACGCCAUUGAAAGCUUGAAGAAAGAGUGGGAGGGUGUGAAGCUGAUGGAGGAAGUGGUUCCUUUCUUUCAGUCAGUUAGGUUACCACGAUCAGCCGUGACAGCAGAAGACUGUGUUGUCGACAUGGCAAAGGCGGUGAAGGAGCAGUUGGGAAAGGUAGAUCCUAUGUUUGUUCGUGCAGGUGAUGCCAUGGCAGAUUGGGUGAAGCUCUGGAAGUCGGUGGGAUCCCGCACACUGGGAGUUUAAUGGCUAAAUUUUGAUUCAGCCUCUUCUGUUUUUGUUCCUUCUUUAUUCAUUACUGAUUUUUCUAAGCUUCUAAUGUUGAUCUCCCUUAUAACUAACUGAUGUUGAAAUUAUGUGGGUGGAAAUAAUUGAUACCUUGUUUGUUGUUUUUCA